AUGGCAGCACCGAAUGCCAUCACCCCCCGAGGCUCUCCGCCAGGAGGCAAGAAUCCAGAGCUGUGGGACAAAAUAAAGAGGCUUCCCCACUCCAGCUACUCCCAGAUUGUCGUCUUUGAGCAAGAGAAUUUCCAAGGUCGCUGCCAUGAACUUAACGCAGCUUGUUCCAAUUUGAAGGAGGCCGGAAUGGAGAAAGUUGGCUCCAUCCUAGUACACUCUGGACCCUGGGUUGGCUACGAACAGGCAAACUGCAAAGGGGAGCAGUUUGUGUUUGAAAAGGGCGAGUAUCCCCGCUGGGAUUCCUGGACCAACAGCCGGAGGAGCGACACCAUUGGCGCCCUGAGACCCAUCAAAGUGGACAGCCAGGAACACAAGAUCGUCCUCUAUGAAAACCCCAGCUUCACCGGCAAGAAGAUUGAGAUCAUAGAUGACGAUGUGCCCAGCUUCCAUGCUCAUGGCUACCAGGAAAAAGUGUCAUCUGUGCGCGUGCAAAGUGGCACCUGGGUUGGAUACCAGUACCCCGGUUACAGAGGCUACCAGUACCUGUUUGAAAAAGGGGACUAUAAGGACAGCUCAGAGUUUGGUGCCCAGCACCCCCAGAUUCAAUCCGUCAGGCGCAUCCGGGAUAUGCAGUGGCAUCAGCGAGGGGCCUUUCACCCCACCAACUGA